AUGCAUCGAAUUCUAUUGCGCCUCAUCAAGCCAGGAUGGCUUUCCCAUGAUAAUGCUGCGCAUGCCUACAGCUCCACCGCUUCGCAGAAUCUGGUAUCACUCUCACGGGAGUCUGCUAUUACCAUACAGUAUGAGCUGGAGUUAAGGCUUCUUCGAGGCGAAGCUCGAAUAUCCCAGCUUCACCGCCACUGGGGGCUGCGACGAUCGCAUCCUACUUCCGCUGACAAAUCGGUCAUCGACAUGGUUGCGUGCCGCUCGCUAUCGGAGAUAAUUCGAUCGAGACAGCUAAGCGUGGAGGGCGCGGCAAAAUUAUUGAGAGGCAAAACUCUACCUGACUGUAGACCAAACAAGGCGCUUGACCCGGAUCGUUUGCGGUAUGUACUACGUGGGUACCCACACUUAGACCUCCUGAUCAAUAUCGCCACGAAAGGUAUCGAGGCACAGUGGGGCGAUGGCCCCAUACCAGUUCGGCCUCCACCCAAAAACCACGGGUCGUGUCGUCGACAUCUGAAAGCCGUCGGUAAAAGCAUCCGCGCAGGCCAAGAUAGCGGGCAGUACAUGGUUGUCGACGCCGAUAUCCUGGAGCGAUGGUCGAACGUAAUCUGCACCCCACUAGGAGCGGUUGAGAAGAAGGACGUGGAUCCCUCCGUUGAAGUGAGAACCAUUCACGACCUAUCGAACCCAUUUGGUAAUUCUACGAACGAUUAA